GUUGGGCAAAGGAGGAGGAGCGAGGUGACGCAGGCGUAAUAAUAGAGAAGGUGCCAGAAAGAUUCAAAACAAGUGGCUGCGGCCGUCGCCCAGGAGUCCUCGGACGCCGGAAUCUGGCCCUGGUUCUGAGCUUGUUCCGCACCCCUCCCCUGGGAAUGGCGUUGUCCGGGUCGACCCCGGCCCCGAGCUGGGAGGAGGAUGAGUGUUUGGAUUACUACGGCAUGCUGUCGCUUCACCGUAUGUUCGAGGUGGUGGGCGGGCAGCUGACCGAGUGCGAACUGGAGCUCCUGGCCUUUCUGCUGGAUGAGGCCCCCGGCGCCCCUGGAGGCCUGGCCCGCGCCCGCAGCGGCCUGGAGCUGCUUCUGGAGCUGGAACGCCGUGGGCAGUGCGACGAGAGCAACCUGCGGCUGCUGAGCCAACUCCUGCGCGUGCUGGCCCGCCACGACCUACUGCCACAUCUGGCCCGCAAGCGGCGCCGGCCAGUGUCCCCUGAGCGAUACAGUUACGGCAAUUCCGGCUCUUCUUCCGAAAGGACAGAGGGCAGUUGCCGGCGUCGGCGACAGUCGAGCAGUUCUGAUUCUCAGCCGAGUCAGUGGGACACAGGCUCCCCUCCAACCAAACGGCAGCGUCGGAGUCGGGGCCGCCCUAGCAGUGGUGCCAGGCGGCGGAGAAGAGUGGGCCCAGCAGCCACGCAGCAGCAGCAGCAGCAGCAGGAGCUGGGCAGGCCCUCAUCAGAGGGCAAAGUGACCUGUGAUAUCCGGCUCCGGGUUCGAGCAGAAUACUGCGAGCAUGGGCCAGCCUUGGAGCAGGGCGUGGCAUCCAGGAGACCACAGGCACUGGCCCGGCAGCUGGAUGUGUUCGGACAAGCCACUGCCGUGCUGCGGUCAAGGGACCUGGGCUCUGUGGUGUGUGACAUCAAAUUCUCAGAGCUCUCCUACCUGGACGCCUUCUGGGGUGACUAUCUGAGUGGUGCCCUGCUGCAGGCCCUUCGGGGUGUGUUCCUGACUGAGGCCCUGCGGGAGGCUGUGGGCCGCGAGGCUGUCCGCUUGCUGGUCAGUGUGGACGAGGCUGACUAUGAGGCUGGUCGGCGCCGCCUGUUACUGAUGGAGGAGGAAGGGAGUCGGCGUGGGACAGAGGCAUCCUGAUCUUGGAUCUGGCAGGACUGACCCCACUUCCAAGUCUCUGGGCCACCUUCUUCCCUGGAAGAUGACCAUCUUGCCCCCAGACGACUGUCGCUUCAGCAGCUCUGAGGACUGCGUCAGGUCUGCAGGUUCCUGACAGCCUCUCCUGUAGGGUGUGGGCUUUGAGGCAUAAACCACUUCCAGCUGCUUCCUUCCCAAACUCCCCCACUCCUGGGUGGAUUCCUUCAGCCUUGGGGGCCAGGUUUGCUGAGCCCCAAAGCAGAAAGGCAUAGCCAGAGUCACCAAAGCUCCCUGUACAUCAUGUCACUCACCUUGGGCUGAUGCUGGCUGGCCCCACACACUUUAGCCUAAGGGCUUCUCUCUCAGGAUCUCAGAUUUUACUGUCCCCAUCAGGGCUUCAGUCACAGCAGUGUGUCCUGGAGCUGGGGUGCCUGUGGGCUUGCUCACCUUGCCCAUCUCACCAGCCAGGGCUCUGCCUGCUGUCCACACAGACACCCAACUCUCAUCACCUUCCCCUGCUCCCUGGAGCUCCAUGCAGACUCACCCUUGGACUCUGACACAGAGUAUCACGUGGGUUUUGUGGCCACAUCCAUUCGAGGUCAGCAUUGUCUACAGAGCUAGGGCCAGAACCAGCCACUCUCAAGGGAAGGCAAAGACUUGGCCGGUGGCAAGAUGUUUUACAAAUCGCACCAAUAAAACUGCCCUGGAAAGGGCAUAGGUGGGCAUCAA